AUUCGGAGUACAUCAUCAUAUCCAGCAUCAUUAAGAGGAUCUUACUCACAACUAACUAAAAGCCCAAACUAGAGCUGCUCGGGGUUACAUAUACAUGGAGUUUACAUAUAUAGGAGCCCGAACUAGAGCUCGGGCUAAAGCAAUGAGCAGGAGGGAGGAAACAAGUGACGAUGAUCGAGAAAAUAAUUCGGUAUCAGUAGUAGUGAAGAGAAGGAAGCUAAGUAGUAAUUAUGAGAACCAGCUGAAGUCACCUUUGUUAACAUUAGUGCAAACUAAUAAUGCUUGUGAUCGUAUUUACAUUACUGCUACUUCAGCACUCGAGGAAGAGCAAAACGAUUUUUCGACUAAUGCUGCUAGCACGAGCACUACUAGAUCUAGCGGUGUUGAAGCAUCUUGUUGCUCUAGUACUACUACUACUAGAUCAUCAGUUCAUGAAGAACUACUGAAUGUUUCAGAUGUAGAUAAGGAGGAACGUGUUGAAGCUGAAACAUCUACUAGAAAUAAUUUAGACAGAAGAAUUGAAAGUGAUGACUCGUUUUUCAUAACAUCAAAGAUUCAGUUCAAGACAGGAUCAGACAAACCGGAAUCAGAGACAACAAAGAAGCCGUCGUCAUUGGUGAAGAUAAAUAGUAAUGCUAGUCAGUUGCAGGCGGAGAAGAUGCCACCCGAAGCUGAACUCGAAGAAUACUUUGCUACAGUACAACAACCCUUAACCAAACGGUUUAAAGACAAAUAUAAUUACGACAUCAUCAAUGAUAUUCCUUUGGAAGGCCGUUUCGAGUGGAUUCAAGUGAUUAAGCAAGGAAAAUGAUACUGUCAAAGUUGAAAGAAAAAUAUUUUAAAAGUAAAACUAGGACGGGUAAUGAAGAUGAUGAUUAUUAAUGAAUAGUUAAAUAAACACAAUUGAUUGUGAUUCAAUUAUCACAAGAAGAACUGUUUCUAAUAUAUAAACAAAGGUGUAGCUAGAAUAAUACUCGUAUUACGUUACUAUUAUAUAUUAUAGUUUUAAUUUAUUAAA